AUGUCGUCGUACUCGUUGUUCCUCUUGGCCGCCGUCGUCGCCCUUCUCGCCUUCACACCGUCUGUCUCAGCCGAAGGAGACGAUCUUCUCGAAUACGUCAAAUCGAUUGAGCCAUUGACUAUUCGCAGAUCUCCACUCGCUUGUCCACUUCCAGUCGUCGGAUCCGCUUGUCCUGAGGAGAAUGUCUUCUGGUACUUCAAGUGUUGUGGACAGAUUGCCGAUCAGUGUUGUUUCCGUCUUCAGGACUGGGUGACCGUACUCCUCCUCUUCCUCGCCGUCUGCACCAUCCUCUCGAUCAUCAUCAACUGCGUCCGAUGCUUCUGUUGCGCCUAA